AUGGGGCGCAGCAAGGCAAAGACUAGAAAAGUGGACAUUACCAAACCACUCCUUCAACCCUCCAACAAUGUGAAUACCAUUUCGGUCGAGGCAGCACAACAAAAAUUUUUCAACACCAAAGAAAAGUAUAUUAGGUCCGCAGAGAAUAUCCAAAGCAUCCUCCCUCUCUAUGAUAAAAAUGGACCGAUUUUAUCGGAAAGAGCAUCCUCGAACUGGCGCCAAGGGGGGUACCAUAGCUUCUCUAGGUGGAUGAAUGCACACGUUAAUUGUGAUUUUAAUAAGGAAACCCCUUCGACCGCUGUAAAUGGCAGCCAAAAUAUCGAUAACAACAACGCAACAUCUAAGUCCCGCUCCGACGGGAACGAGCUUCAGGUGCAUCCAAACGGUGUUGAUUUGGAAAUAGCCUCAACUUCAGAUAUGGUCCAAGCUAAUACAAUCCGAUGUUUGAACCUCACGGGAUGCAUAGAAAGCACCGAAACUUCACUGCAGCGUUUAAUAUCAAUGCAGGGGAGCAAGAAAUCUAGCAUGGGUUCUCCUCUGCUGAGUUCAAACGACAGCAAGACCAUAGCACACCACUUCGCACCUCAGUCGGUGUGGAGAAAAAAUGAAAAUAGUGAAGUCCCUUCCACUAUCAACUUUAUGGACCUAGAGGCGAUUAUGUGUACCCCAAUACAGAAAUUAAACUCGCCUGUUAACACACAUAAUCAGACUAUUAAACAAAAGGAAGAGGAUCAGAUUCUGUCAUUCUCUAGUGAUAGAACCCCGCCUCAACGACCUCUACGGGAAACUCCGCACUCCGAGUCGCUGAUGAAAAGUCUGAUGACGUCCAAUAUCGAUCUCACGACCACUUUCAGUUCUUCCAACUUUCUUCACACAAAGCAGCAAGUUUCUCCACACGAGUUGACAAUGGGUGAUGGUAUUAGCAGCAAUCAAAACGUUUACAUCGCACAGCAAUGUCUUUCUAAUGCCUCUCCAUUUCCUAUCAAGACUAAACACGCUCAGGAGAAUGUGUUAGAGGGCAUGGACGCACGGUCUUUGCGGUACAGCCACUUUCAACCUAAUGAAUCGGUAUCCUCUGCCGCAGUGCAAUGCAAACUGAUACGAGAGCUUGUAGGGAAUGAAGAUGGUGAGAGCGAUCCGUCUUCCAUGGAGGUUACUACGAUAUCUAACGAGAAUCACGUCCCUACAAAGUUGCCUUUUGUUGGUAUUUCGUCCACAGUGAAGAGCAAGCCUCAUAUUCAGAAUUCUUCAUUUCUUCCGCAAACGGCGGAAUGUUUUUUCACUAUGGCAGACAACCCAGUGACGCCUGCCGGUAACUGGGCGGUCUACCCCUCCUCUAUGAUGUCUCUUCCGUCCCUCAGUCCACGGCCGCAGGUAACAAAAAAUGAUACAAUAGAAAAUUUAAUGUCUUUACUGAUAAGUGAUGAAUAG